AUGAAUGACAUCUACAAGGCAGCGGUUGAGCAGCUGACGGACGAACAGAAAAAUGAGUUCAAGGCGGCCUUCGACAUCUUUGUCCAGGACGCGGAGGACGGCUGCAUCAGCACCAAAGAGCUGGGGAAGGUGAUGCGCAUGCUGGGCCAGAACCCCACACCGGAGGAGCUGCAGGAGAUGAUCGACGAGGUGGACGAAGACGGGAGUGGCACGGUGGACUUUGAUGAAUUCCUCGUCAUGAUGGUGAGGUGCAUGAAGGAUGACAGCAAGGGCAAAUCUGAGGAGGAACUGGCCGAGCUCUUCCGCAUGUUCGACAAAAACGCCGACGGCUACAUCGACCUGGACGAGCUGAAGAUGAUGCUGGAGUCAACAGGAGAAGCCAUCACCGAAGACGACAUCGAGGAACUGAUGAAGGACGGGGACAAGAACAACGACGGCAAAAUCGACUACGACGAAUUCUUGGAGUUCAUGAAAGGCGUGGAGUAA